AUGGAAGGCAGAGCAGACAUCUUCUUGAUCCAAGAAUAUAAGUUGGAGUUCGUCGAUAUGGCAACUGUUCGCAGCUUUUGGAACAAUGAGAAAGUGGGAUGGUCUUUUUCCAAAUCUAUUGGCAGAUCUGGAGGCAUAAUAUCAUUAUGGAAGGAGGAUUCAGUUGAUGUCAUUCUUAGCUUUAAGGGUGAAGGAUUCUUGGGGAUUAAGGUUAAGAAACUGUGGAGUGAUCUUUUGGAAGCUAAAUCUAGAUAUACGGAUAAUGAAUGGUUCGCGGCUGGAGAUUUUAAUUCUAUAUCGGAUCGAAGCGAAAGGAAAGGAUGUAGUCAGCAAUUCAGGAACGGUGAGAUUUCUUAUUUUGUAGGUUUCAUAGAAGAGUCCAAUUUGGUGGAUGUGCCUACUAAAGGUAAAAGGGACAUAUCCGACCACUAUCUAGUUUGGCUCAUCGUAGAUGGAUUGAAUUGGGGUCCUAAAUCGAACCGUGUCAACAAGGAAUGGUUUGGAAAUAAGGACUUUCUAGAUUUUGUAGAGUCCGAAUGGAAGGGCAUUGAUGUUACAGGGAGAGGAGAUUACAUCCUUAAAGAAAAAUUAAGGAUUCUGAAUCUUAAACUCACUUCAUGGAACAAAUUGGUCUUUGGAGAACGAGACUUAGAGAUUGAAUAG